UGUUGUUAGGGCGUGUGUGUAAAUAAACCGCAGUAGCUUAGAUGCCCGAUAACAUUAAAACACUAUUUGCCGCAUCAUUACACGUCUGAUUAGAUACGAUCAUCAUAACCGAUAUCAAUAUCGUAAGAGUAUAUUACAUCAAUUACUUAAUGACAUAUCAAUAGAUAGUUAAGGCUUUAAUGGGCUUUAGUCUCUGAUGUAAUUGUAAUAAUGACGCUAAGCCACUGCGUAGUUAUGCAAUAAUUUAUUUGUUAUCACUUAUCAGGAAAGUUCUGUCGAGCACUUGCUUUGUUGUUGGCACACAUUGCCAUGUGUGCAUGCCUAUAUAUAUUUGUCAUGACGCCAAUUUAUGGAGCUGGCGCCGAAUAAUUAAGCCCAGUUACUGUUUACGUCCAGCGUAAUUCGCGCGAGUUUUUGACGCAGAGUUUUAAUAUUUGUUUUUGCAAUCGCGAUCAUCACUUACUAGCGCUGUAAUUAUUGUUAAGGAAUACUUAUUUGGUUACUCAAGAAGCGGUCGACUUCUAUAAAGAUGCCUGACCAGCCAAAUGUAGCGGUGGUAGGAGCAGGAGUGGUAGGCAUAACAGUGGCGAAAUUACUGCAAGACCAACUCAAAGACGUGAAGAUAACCAUACUCGCCGAUAAAUUCACAGACGAUACCACAAGCCACAUUGCCGCAGGCAUCUAUAGACCCGGGACUAGUUUCAAAGGACCUACAAAAGAAAUCACAAAGAAGUGGCUGAAGGACUCAUGGGAGUUCUUUCAAGAUAUUCUUAAAACACCAGAUGCUGAACGAAUUGGUGUAAUGCCUAUAGGCACAUACAUAUUCUCAAGCGAAAAUUAUCACGUAACUAGAAAUCAUCUAAUUGAAGACAUUGUGCCGCUAUAUCGAGCGGUUACCGACGAGGAAUUAAAGCUCGCCCCUAAAGGCACCAAAUUCGGGUCCUACUUUUCAACACUGAAACUAGAAUGCGGAAAUUAUUUGCCGUGGACGGAGAAAAUAAUCGUUGAAAGAGGCGGGCAACUGUUGAACAAGAAGGUAAAAAGUUUUAAGUCAUUGUCUAAUUACGAUCUUGUGUUUAAUUGUUCAGGGUUGGGUGCAAGAUAUUUAUGUAAUGAUCAUGAUCUAGUGCCCAUAAGAGGUCAAGUGAUCAAAGUUAAGGCGCCAUGGGUAAAGCAUGCCAUGUACGGUGAUUAUGAUACGUAUAUAAUUCCGGGGCUUAACGGGGUGGUUACGUUGGGUGGUGUGAGAGGGUAUGACAGUUACAAUUUGAAUUACUGCAAAUACGACGCGGCGGCCAUAAUGGAGCGCUGUUGUGAAUUUCUACCGAGCUUGAAAAACGCUGAGGUUCUUGCUCAUAAGGUGGGAUUGAGGCCCCACAGACUGCCCGUUCGAGUUGAACCCGAGCUUAUUGAGGGUGUGAAGGUCGUGCACUGCUACGGCCACGGCGGUUAUGGAGUCAUGACUGCCCCUGGGACAGCAAUGAAUGCUGUCGAUUUAGGUAUCGAUUUCUUACGUAGUAAUGUAAGAAACAAAUUGUAAUCAGAUAAUAUACCACCUGCGCGUUGUAAGGCGCAUGCCAGGAGAUGAGU